UCCGUUUACGACGAUUCUAAGAAAUACAAAUACUUCGGGUGCUACAACGAGACAACCCAGAUUCCCGACUCGGCCGAGACGCGCGCUUUAGGCGGCGGCAUCGAUGAAAGUCUGCCGGGCCAGAUGACGGUGCCGAUAUGUCUUGCCUUUUGCGGCAAUGGCGCCACGCAGUAUCGGUUUGCGGGACUGGAGUGGUCGAGGUAUACAUUGUCCGGCAUAGCUGAGAAACUCGACGAUACUGCCUGCAAUUAUCCCUGCGAGGGCGACAAUACGACCGCCUGUGGUGGCUCAUUGAAGCUGACCGUCUAUCGUGUUUCU